UAUUUCAUAUCUCCCCUUCAUAACUUCUGGUUUUGAUUCUCUUCUGAAGCUUCGCGGCGGAGAUCUUACUUCUCUGCCCUAACUUUUUCUCUCUACCGCUCCUUUAUCUCUCUCUCAGUUUGCAAUCAUGGCUUUGGCACCAGAAGGGUCACAAUUUGAUGCUCGUCAGUAUGAUGCAAAGAUGAGUGAAUUGCUUCAAGCUGAUGGAGAGGAUUUCUUUGCCUCAUAUGAUGAGGUUUUUGAAAGUUUUGAUUCGAUGGGUCUUCAAGAGAACCUUCUUAGAGGCAUUUAUGCUUAUGGUUUCGAAAAGCCUUCUGCUAUCCAGCAGAGGGGGAUUGUGCCAUUCUGCAAGGGACUUGAUGUGAUUCAGCAGGCACAGUCGGGUACUGGGAAGACAGCUACUUUCUGCUCUGGAAUUCUUCAACAGCUUGAUUAUGGCUUAUUGGAAUGCCAGGCUUUGGUUCUUGCUCCCACUCGAGAACUUGCACAACAGAUUGAGAAGGUUAUGCGUGCACUUGGUGAUUAUUUGGGUGUCAAAGUUCAUGCUUGUGUUGGUGGAACCAGUGUUCGCGAGGAUCAGCGCAUCCUUUCGAGUGGGGUGCAUGUUGUUGUUGGAACCCCAGGUCGUGUGUUUGACAUGUUGCGAAGGCAGUCUCUCCGCCCUGAUUACAUCAAGAUGUUUGUGCUUGAUGAGGCUGAUGAAAUGCUCUCAAGGGGUUUCAAGGAUCAGAUAUAUGACAUUUUCCAGCUCCUCCCCUCAAAGGUCCAAGUGGGUGUCUUCUCAGCUACAAUGCCCCCUGAGGCCCUUGAGAUCACUCGCAAGUUCAUGAACAAGCCUGUUCGAAUCCUUGUCAAGCGUGACGAGCUCACCCUUGAGGGUAUCAAGCAAUUCUAUGUGAACGUAGAGAGGGAGGAGUGGAAACUCGACACCCUUUGCGACCUUUACGAGACCCUAGCUAUCACCCAGAGUGUGAUUUUUGUCAACACUCGCCGCAAGGUCGACUGGCUCACCGACAAGAUGCGCAGUCGUGACCACACUGUGUCUGCCACCCACGGAGACAUGGACCAAAACACCAGGGACGUCAUCAUGCGAGAGUUUAGGUCUGGAUCAUCUCGUGUCCUCAUCACCACUGAUCUCCUGGCCCGUGGUAUCGAUGUGCAGCAGGUGUCCCUUGUUAUAAACUAUGAUCUCCCUACUCAACCUGAGAACUACCUUCACCGUAUUGGUCGUAGUGGUCGGUUUGGGAGGAAGGGUGUGGCCAUUAACUUUGUCACUCGUGAUGAUGAGAGGAUGCUCUUGGACAUCCAGAGGUUCUACAAUGUGGUCAUUGAGGAGCUCCCCUCGAAUGUUGCUGAUCUGCUUUAAGGAAGUCGAGAACGGUAUUUGGGCAAUUGGUAAGUUGGGCUGUUUUUUCUCUCUAUACUAAUUAUUGUUGUGGCUGGGUCUUGAUCUUUUGGGUUGAUAUUACAUGUAAGAGGUGGUAACAGACUAUUUCAACUGUUUGUAAGAGUGGUGCAUGCAUGGUUAGUAUAUGCUUUGCAUGGUAGCGUGUAUUUGCAGGGAAACCCAUUCUUGCAAAUUUUGCAGAAGCUUUUUCUUUUCUUCUUUUCUUUUUUAGGUUAUAUCUUAAUUUGUUUCUUAUGGGAGCCAUGUACUCUAGAUUGGUACUCUUUUGGGCAUGGUUUUUUCAUGUUUUCCGUGAAAAUAGAAUGUUUUUUGAAGUCCA